CAUUUUAGUUAAAGUUGGAGCAAGAAAACUAACCAACAUAAAUAUUAACUAAGCUUGAAGUGCAAGUUAUUAUCAAAAGUACUAAUCUAAGCUUGAAAAAUUUCUUUGAGAAAAGAAAAAAUAUAAAACAAUGCCGAUUUCUAGAAUUGCAAUUGGAAAUCCUUCUGAGUUUGGCAAAGCUGAUGCACUUAAGGCUGCACUUGCUGAGUUCAUUUCAAUGCUCAUUUUUGUCUUUGCAGGGGAAGGCUCUGGCAUGGCAUAUAAUAAGCUUACAAACAAUGGUGCAGCAACACCAGCAGGGUUGGUAGCUGCAUCACUAUCACAUGCAUUUGCACUUUUUGUUGCUGUCUCUGUUGGUGCUAACAUUUCUGGUGGACAUGUCAACCCUGCUGUCACUUUUGGUGCAUUCAUUGGUGGACACAUUACACUCAUUAGAGGCCUUUUGUAUUGGAUUGCUCAGUUGCUUGGUUCUGUUGUUGCUUGCUUGCUCCUUAAAAUUGCCACUGGUGGACUGGAAACAUCUGCAUUCUCAUUGUCUUCUGGUGUGGGAGCAACAAAUGCACUUGUGUUUGAGAUUGUGAUGACUUUUGGUUUGGUUUACACAGUGUAUGCUACUGCAGUAGACCCAAAAAAUGGUAGCCUAGGAACAAUUGCUCCAAUUGCAAUUGGUUUCAUAGUUGGAGCUAACAUCUUAGCAGGUGGUGCAUUUGAUGGUGCAUCCAUGAACCCAGCAGUUUCUUUUGGGCCUGCUGUUGUUAGCUGGACAUGGGCUAAUCAUUGGGUCUAUUGGGUCGGCCCGUUGAUCGGUUCUGCUAUUGCUGCAGUCGUUUACGAGACUUUCUUUAUCACCCCUAGCUCUUAUGAACAGUUACCUGUCACGGAUUAUUAAGGCCUGAUGUAGUAAAUCCCCCCUGAAGUUUUUUAAUUGAAAAGGGGUUUUGGUUUCUUUUAGCUUUUUAUUUUUGUGCUCUUUGUUGUAUGCAUUUUUCUGUUUUCAUAUGUUUUGGUAUUCGCGGUGUGUUUGACGAAAUCGUUGUUGUAGCAUUAUUUUAUUAAAGCUUCAAAGUGUAGCUUGUCGAAAUCAAGAGUACCAUGUGAUUCUGCCAAACUCACUAUUAGUCAAAAAUACAAUCCAAUUGUAAUCAUUUAGUACCUCUUACAUGAU